CGUUUGGAAGAAAUCUCUGACGGACGAAACGUAUACGUAACGGAAACGUUCCGCAUCCCAGCUCUAAAUCUGAACAGCGUUACGUAUCAUCACUCAUCUCAUCAGUCACGUUGCAGUUGCAGAGUGGAGAGGGCGCGGCUUACCUUCAGACUGGAAAGUUUUGACUGCACAAGUAGUCAUGAGCGACGAAAAGUUGAUAGAACUGGUCAGAGGCUACGAGGAGCUCUAUGACAUGAACAACAAAAAAUACACAGGCAACUACGUGGAAGAAAAGAUAUGGAAGUCCAUUGGAGAGGAAUUUAAAAAAUCAGGUAGCCACGCCUUCCUCCCAGGAUCUCCGGACAGCAGGUACACUUCUCCAAGGCCGGCAGGUGAUUCCUUCAGCUUGACGAUCGUAUGUCCCCCGAAGGGUAUGUACCACUACGCCAAAGUCAGUACCUGUGACCAGUACCUCAAGUGCGUAGAGGGAAAGCUUAGCCACCACAACUGCCCGGAAGAACGACUUUUCAAAAGGCAAACCGACAGGAAGCACCUCUUGUGUGAUUAUCCCGAGAACUUUAACUGUCCAAAAUCUAGCCGGUUUUCCUGCCCAGAUGGUCUGUCAUCUCUUCCGUGGGGGAAGGAGAAGACUUUGCAUCCCUCACCGGACAGCUGCCGUGAGUUUUACGUUUGUGUUGGUGGAGUCCCGAAGCGCCAGCUGUGUCCCUUCGGCAAAGUGUUCAGCGAGAAGACCUCCGCCUGUACCCAGCCUCAGAACGUGUCAGGAUGCGAAGACUUCUACAGUUGGAGAGGAGACAGGACAACCACGCGCCAGCAGAUGAGGCAGAAGCAACUCGGUGCCACUCAAGAUUCUCUUGUCCAUAUCAGUUACGACCUCAUUAAAAAUCAACAUGUUAUCUUAUUGAAGCAAACCUUGUCAAAGGGAGAGACAUAAUAUGUUAAUGUAGUAUGACUGAUUUAGACAAGUAGAUAAAUCAGUAAUUAUAAGGGUAUGCCAACAUCAUUAUCAUUAUCAUUGUCACCAGUACCAUUAUCAUUCAUCGCAACCGUUGUUAAUCCAUUUUUUUUACUUUCCUUGUCAACCUUUUCUGCGUAUAUUUGUGUCUUGUUCGUCCUUUUACUUUCUUCUGCCGUGUAGGUACUUGUAUCAUGCUCAAGGAUUCUACAUAAAGUCCUAUACCUUCCUUUGCCAUGGUCGUACUUAUAGUAAUUAUACCAUAAUCAAUUUCAUGUUCUUUUCUAUUAAUAAAAAAGCCUUUUUUUAAGGGCCCUUUCUUGUUGAAAUUUUGAAAAUCAAGUUUUGUUGAGACCCACUUUUUUUUUUUUCGAUAAGGAUAAUUCUCUAAAUAGAUUCAAGGUAUAAUAUAUUAUAAAACGA